ACUUCUCUGUUAGACUCAGUUCUUAGCAGUUUUUCCUGUUCCUCUCCGCCCCUUCUCUGACUCUUGUCCUUUCCACUUCUCCAUUCCCCAUUUCCUCUUUUCCCUCAGCGUCCCCACCACCCAGACCUUGCUGCCCACACAAACUGGUGCACUUCUCAAAUCAGAGCGGGGGGAUGUUCCAGGUGGAAGGGAAAAGGUUCUUAUGGGGUCCUAGGGAAUCCCGGGGCAGUUUAUCACCGAUGUGUCUCUGAACAGGGCUGGUGUGCGAAGGCGGGUUACAUGGCCUUUCCCAAGCAUGGGAGUCCCCUCUUUCUGUGGUGGCAGAGCCUCGGUCACUGGACGACUGAGGCGGAAGGGCCCAGACCGCUCAGCUCCCUUAGUUGGCCCUUCCGGGAGCCGCCUGGUCUCUAGUGCAGGAAGGGGAAGGGGCCAGAGCUGGGGGAGGCGUGGCAGGAAGGGGGGAACUCUGUGGUCAGGGAGCUGCUCACCCAGCAGCUACGCCCGCCCUGCUCUCAGAGCUUCGAUCCCCGCUUGCCGCCCCUCAGCCCUGCCCAAGAUGAUUCCAGCAGUGGUCCUGCUCUUACUUCUUUUGGUUGAACAAGCAGAGGCCCUGGGAGAUCCUCAGAUCUGCUACAUCCUGGAUUCAAUCCUGUUUCUGUACGGGAUUAUCCUAACCCUGCUCUACUGUCGACUCAAGAUCCAGGUGCGAAAGGCAGCUGUAGCGUAUCAGAAGUCAGAUGGCAUUUAUACGGGCCUGAGCCCCCGGAACCAGGAGACUUAUGAGACCUUGAAGCAUCAGAAACCAACAGAGUAACCGUAGGACAGAUGCCCUUGGUCACACCCUCCUCCUGCUCCCGGUUCCCUGCCCAGUUCCGCGGUUGGCACCACAUACGCCUCCUGCCAUUAAUGCCCACAGACCAACGCCUGUAAUGAUGCUGUGCCCCCAUGAAUGGACCCACUGGUUCCUCCUUCCUGCCAAAGGCUUAUGCUCAGAUCCUACUCAUUAAUGUUCGUAUUCUAGUCUCCCCGUGACAGCACCCUUCUCCCUACUCCCAACAUUCACUGAAAAAUGGGAAGGGGGUAGCACCAAUAAAGCCGCCACAGACUGGACUCCGCUCACUCACUCAUUCCUUCGUCAUCCUUAGCUCUGCAAGGCACUAGACUGGAUACUGAAGAUGCCAUUGGGAGUAAGACAGAUUUCCAUUCCUGACCUACAGAGCUCACAGUGUCAAACACCAGGCUGUUUUGCUUGGUUGAGGGGUGAAUGCUACCUGUGAGGGGGAUGGAUGAGACCUGACUCCCCAGGGUCUCUAGCAUGGGCCUGGAGCAGGGACUUCUGUUGGGACUCUGGGCACAUUCAGAGACAUUUGAACCUGAGAAAUGACUUCUGGAUUGUGGGAAAACCUGGCUGCCCAACCUCCAAUCUAUCACAGUGGGAGUCUGGGAGUCGUGUGGGGCAGCUCAGUGUCCAUGGGCAUUAGCCUGGCCAAAAAGUCAGGGAUGAAGGAGGGACAGUGUGAUGAAGGCCCCUGUGACGCUCCUAAAGGAAGGCUGUAUGGGAACAGUGAGUUUUCAGUGGGUCCCAGGACCAGACAGACCUUAGCGGGCCAGGGAGGGAUUGGAUGUGGGCAAGACACAGGGGACAAGUCAGGU